UAGGGGUGUACGUGCAGGGCCUGUAGCUGGGCUUUGCAUUCACACUGUCAAAAGUACAAGUUAGAGUACUAGAAAAUAUGGCUUGGGGCUCUGGCCUCUCUUGGUUGCAAAGGAAGUUCUAGGCAGGGCGGUUGGAGCAAGCUGGCUAAAAGCCAGCAAGUCCUGGGUUUUGAUAUUCAUCCUACCACAGACUCAGCUGACUGGUCUUGGGUACAUUACUUAAGCUCACUGUACCUCAGUUUCCUACCAGAUAAUGAAAUAAAGCUAUUUGCCAUUUCCUGUCAAGGAAUGGGUGGUGGCUAAGUAAUUUGCAGGACAAAUAAAUGCUGUCUGCCAGAUCAUUCUUGAACUGAGGUUAUAAGAUGGAUCUCUGUUUCUCCAUCAUUGCCAGGAGCUUAGCAUUUGUUUGACAGUGGAAGGGCUGAAGAUGCUGUGCAUCAGCACUUCUUUUGGGCAGGCUACAGCCAGGCACCAGUGGAGCUGGGAGACACAGAUGGAGGUCUGGCUGCAGAGGGGAAAUGGCACAUGAAUAGCUUUUGUUUGGCAGCAAAGGGAAUUUGAGGGGUCUGAAACUAUGCCCCUGUACAUUUGUUUGUGGCUGGAAACAUGCUUGGAAUUUGGGCUGGGAUUAGGAAAACAAGUUUCCAUUUCUGUAGAUCUGUGAGAGUAAGGCUGCUGAGAAGGCCCUAUGUUUUUUUGGCUGAAGUACCUGUGAGGAGUAUGACACAGAGCUGAGUGCUGCAGCCCUAACACUGCCUCAUUGCUGGUGCUGCUGGCUUGCAUGUCUGUGUGUUUGUGUGCUGCCUCUGUGCACAGGCACGCAAUGGCAUCUGUGCAUGCUGCUCUCUGUGCACGGGGGAGCACUGGGCUGGAGCUGACACCUUGCACACUCAGUGAGUGCACUGGGAAGAGCUGCCUCUGUCUGGGACUCGCAGCCCCACUGGCUGGGCAGCUUGGCAGAGCUGUCCUUGCUGGCCAGAGUGAGGUUCUCAAGGAGUGUGGCUUGUGGCACCUGCUUUGCCUUGUGCUCUCCAAUUCUUGCUUCUGGUUGCUGGGUUCCCCAGUGGGCAGAGUAUAGGUGCAAUUUGUCUGAUAGUACAUUAAUGAUUUUGGAGUUAUCAUUCUUAGAGAAAUUUGUUAUGUCUGGUAUUUUGUCCUGUGAUGCCAGUAACAUGCCUUGUGUCUACACAGUUCUGCUUCUUAGAGUGCCCAGGUAUUACUGCUGCCAUUGGGCUCAGGUUUAUAUCAUGUAUGCACUUAAGCUGUCUCCCCUGGGCCGAAGUCAGGAUCUCUUGAGUAUGGAAACCAGGAGCUACAGCAGCUCUAAUGGUGCAGGUAGUUUCCAUGGUGUUAGCUGGGUGCUUUCCUGCACUUCACUGCAUAAGGGUUAUGUUCUUCAGGAGCUUGUACUAUCAUAUACAAAACUCGACAUACCACAAAAUUCAGCUGUGCACUGUUUUCACAGUGAACGUUGCUUUUUUAUCUGCAAUACAAUGAUUGUAUCUCCAGUCUUGGUUUCGGAGGAAGCUGCCUGACAAACACGCUACCAGGGGGCAGGAGGUUAUAGCAUCAGGUAUGCCAUGGAGUGGAAUCCUGGGACCUGUUCAUCUCCUUUACAUGCAGUAUGUUGCUACAGAGCAACUAUUCAGCAGGAACCAUUGAGAGCAGCAAGCAAGACUACAAGGAAAUAAGGGGACCGAGAGAUAUAAAACACUUGUCGAUGGUGAUGUCUUCACCUUGGGAUGGAAAGUCUUGUCUGUCAUAUGAUGAACAGCACGAAAUCGUUGGGACUUCUCUGUCUACCUAGCCUGCUGUGUGUCUGGAGGGCCCAGAAAUGCCGUGCAGUGCCCUGACGAGGAUAAUCGGAGAAAACACCGGCUCCAAGAACGGGGUGAGCCAGCAGAAUGAGGAGUCAGGCUGAGACAUAGCAGACACCUUACUGGGACUUCUUCACAGGGACUGCAGUGGUUGGGAGGAGAGGAAUGAAAGGGACAGCAGGUAUGCAGCUUUUUCCGCAGUUGCCUGCAGCUGGGGUCUGAUUUGGCAGGCUACGGGCUGGGGAACUGCCUUUUGGAUUUGCAUAAACACGACUGUGCAUAUAUGACUGGACAAAUUUGAUGGGAGGAUGGUGCCUUCUUCUUCCUUGCAUGGCCACUCCAUCUUCUCUCCCUUCUUGGACUGACCAGGGCGAGUGACAGCUGCCGAUCUCCCCUCCUUGGCUUGCUUGGUGUCUCCUCUUUCCAGGAUUACUUUCCAGGCUUGGCAUGGCCCUCAUUCCACCUAGCUCUCACAACAACAUGAUUUGCUGUCCUCACUUAGGACAGAAUCACAAUACUUGGCAAUCAGAGCAACCAGCUAGGAGAUUGUAUGGUUACAAACCGAAACAGUUUUAAAUAGAAGCUGAUAUGUAAGGAAACUCAAAAUAAUACUGACAUGACAAAAAUUGUGGUAAAAAUUAUCACAAAAGUCUUUCUGUGCAUGGUCGCUACUCACACAGUUUUAAUAAGUCAUUUCCCCUGCAGCACAUAAAUGGCUCUUAAGAAUACAAUUUUAUUUUGCCAUGUGGUGUAUGAAAAACACACCUGAUAAAGUGCUAACAAACAGACCAGUAAUCAUGGAAUAUACUUAUUGAAAAAUAAAAUGCAGUUAGAUUAUUUGUGUGGAGAUGCCUUAAUUGAUUCAAUUUGGUCUUCAUUUUCUCUCAGAGUAUGCAGUAUAAAAGUUUAAAAACUCUAAGCAAUUCAUCUGUUCUUGCAUUCAUCUGUUACUGUGCUGUCAUCCCAUCAGUCAUGGACCACUUGCUGUCUUUGUGCUUGCCAAAAUUUGUUGCAGGUAUUAGCAUGCACUUCUCUCUCCUUGUUAUCCACAAGCUGCUUUGCUUUUUAUUGCUUGUGCUCUCUGCAACUGAUGCUUAUUUUAGAACUCUGGGGAAGAGCUUCUGUUAGUCAGAUUAAUUCCUGCUUCCGAGCUCUAUUUAUCAUGGUUCCAAUAUCCCACUAAUCCUCUAUUUCCUUCUCUCUCUCUAACACACAAGUUCUGUGCUCUUUCGUGUUCCUUGGAUUCUCCUGUCUAUAAUAUUCCCAUUUUGAGGGAAAAUUAUCUUGCAAGAAAUAGCACCCAGCAUUCACAACUGAGCAGAAAUGUUACUUGCAUCAAAUCCCUUGGUUCUGAAGGGCUCCAUGGACUGCCAUUAUUAACCCUUUCAAUUGUGUUGUUUUUCAUUUCAGUAACCACUACAGCAGUGUGGACAACCCAGAAUAGCCAUGGGGCAGGUGGAAUAGAUCCACAGUGGUGGAAAGACUUGCAAAUUUCAGGUCCAGGAACACAGAGAAGACCUACAUGAACAGGGACUUUAAAUUGAUGUACAAGGAGGGAAUAAACUGACUCAUCUCUGAGAGACCGUUCUGUUUAGGAAGGAAGGCAGGAAAAUGAUGUAGUCCCUUUGGAUUUUGUUUUGUGGAUUUUGGGGUGGGAGUUGUUUGUUUCUGUGUUUAUUUUCCAGAGCACCUGGGAGUUAUCCUGCAGUCAUACAGUUCAAGAAGGGAAGGGCUCAGGGCUGAUACCCUAGCAGUCAUGCCUGUCCAUGUUACACAGUACCACAGGGCUGUCCCCUACCUCCACCACUGCUCACUUGGCAUCCCACUCAUUCACAGCACUAUGGAGAAGAGAAUGGAAUACAAGGCAGAGGCAUUUGUGUGAUCUCUCUUGUCCUACAUCUCUAGCUGUUUGUGAACAACUACAGUGACUUGUUUUGGUGUUGUGGUCAGCCUGCAGCGCUUUUUGUAUUUAAUAAAGAAACUUCUGGAGAAGAGUCUGUGAAUUCACUAUUGAGCAUAACAUCCUUUACUUAUGGCAGUGAUUCUAAAGCUGUUGCCUGUCUAACUCCUCUUCCAAAUGAAUGGAAGUGUACCCAAAGUGGGGUGGAGAUGGGGGUGUCUGUCUGUGAGCAGGUAUGUGCAGAAACAUCAAAAGUAUAACCCUGGACCUAUCAAGUAUUGAAGCUGUAAAGCUUCAUCAAAGCAGGACUUAGUCCAUCAGUAGAUGAACAGGACAUGCUUUCCUAAGUUCUUUUGUACACUGUUAUUAUAAUACAUAAGAAAUUUUGUAGAAGUGGAAGACAGAAUUUUUCCAUGUUUGCCUUUCCCAGUCCUGUGAUGUUUUUAGAUACAGGCUGGGGAGGAUGCACAGGACGUGGCCUGCUAACAGCACGUGUUUGGUUAACAGCUUGCAUUGCUGGCUGUAAGCUGGUUGUUCUCUGCACUGUGCUGAGUCAAUGCUCACUGGGCUCUGAGGGUGUUGUACAGAGGCUAAAGGCACACACAGCUGCUCUCAGUUACUGUGACUGAUGCCAGUGUUCCUUAUGAGAGGAGUUCCUUCUGUCUCCUUAGAUAAAGAUCCCAGCUCUUAAAUCCUGCAGAUUGUCUGCAUGGUUUGUAUAGCUGAGCAGGAACCUGCCCUGCCUUUGGACUCUAGGCUGCUGCUCAGUGAGAGUAAUCUGUGUGAAAGGGAAAAGGUGGAAGAAAACAAACAUGUCAUUGCUUCCACGAGCAGCCUCAGUAGCAUUUGGGAAUUCUGUUUUGGAACUGUCAAAGGUAGUAGUACAAUUUCCAUCAUAGUUUUACAUCUGUCCUGUGUUCUGCAGGUGUCCUCAUUUCACUGUGCUUUCUCUCUCUUGCAAUGCUUUUUUGGUCUAUGGACUUUUAUCCUGGUGGUUUGUGGGUUUCUGCUUCUUGAAGAGGCACUGGAAUUCUGUGGUGUCUGCUGCUUGUACAGUCUGUAUCUCAGUCCCACCAAUGUGAGGUUGUGGUCCAGAUAUAAAGACAGCGCUCUAGGUCACAAAAACUAUUCAGUGCUGGAAUGGCUUCUGAAAGGGUGUCACAGCAGUAAUGAUGGUCGCUGCUGCUUUCAAUGACAAAUAGACUUGGUGCUCCUUAGCACCUCUGCUCAGGCACACGGAUUGUGUUCUCAAAUCUUCUCUAAGCACCCUUUCUCACAUUUCUGAAACAAAUUAUAAAAGCCUUCAAAUGCUUUUGGAAACAUACAUGGGGACAUUGGGAACUAAAACUCUUCUACCACAGUCUCAGUGAAACUUCUGAAGGUCUUUGAAAUCUUCCAUACAUUAUGGCUUUUUAAAGCCCUGCCAAAAUUGCAGGGUGAACCCCAAGGAAGGCAGUGUGAGUGGGAACAUGGAGCAACACUGGCUGGAACAGUUCAGCACGUGGGAAUGUACCUGUCCUUGUAACAGGACUGGUGCUCUCUCUCAUGAGUUCAGUUUUUUGGUUAUACUGGUGCCAGUUGUGGCCCUGUACUAAAAGGUAACAUUGUCUUCUGAAAGCUGUGUUUUGAUUUUAUGUGAAAAAUGCACUGCAUUUUCCUUGGCAUUUCCACAUUUGUGCUUUGAAUGGUUCUUGAGCACUUACAAAUCAGUUGAAAAAUUCAACCCAAAAGCCACCCUGCUGGCAACUUCAGCACCUUUCCCAAGCCUCCCAGCUCAUCCACUGGAAAAGCUAAAUCAUGACUACACCUGGAACAAUGUCAUUUGUUUGCUUUAAUAUGAAGGUUAAUGGUUGCCUUUUAUUCUCUGGAACCAAAACUUCUUUGAGCAGGUAUUUAUGUAAGUAGUUUUCAUUCAGAGCACAAAUAACUACUGUCUUUCAAGGUAUUUGCCAUCUCCCAUUUAGCUGAGGUACUAGUUGGUCGCUGCUUUCAACAAAACAGAUUGUUUUGUCCUAAACAUGAAUCUCAGCUCUCUGGGUUCAUUUCCCUUAGGUUUUUGUUUUGAGCACAUGAAGUGCCAAUGGGAUUUAUUUUAGUGAGAGCCAUUCCUUCCUGGGCAAGACAAGGUAGUUUUCUAUCCAUCAUAUACACAGGAGAACACCAGCUCUGAGCAUAGACACCUUCCAUAAGGGCAGCUUGUCCUCAUCCCUCCUGGGACAGAAGAAGGUGACAGCAUGCCAAGGACAACCCCUAGUUUUCAUACCAUUGUGGAGGUCAUGUGGGGUAGCACCUCCUUAGGGAGGUGCUAUUUUUGUGCAAAAUGCCUGCUAUAGCUAGGAAUAAGACUUAAUAAUAUAGAAGAGCUAUACAAUACUAUCCGUGAUCUGCUGUAGUCCCAGGGGCUUCUCCCCACCCUGAGCUGUGCUGGAGGAUAUUGGUGGAUAGCUUGGCAGCAGCAAGAGCCACCUGGCUAUUUAUGGCAGAUGUAAGGAGUCACAGGUGCUUUGUGCUGGAGUGGCACACACAUAGUAUGCAGAGGGCAGCUCAGUGCUGCAUAUUGCCACUAGUGAGACUCUUCUACAUCCAGGCACUGGACUCACAUCAGCAGGUGCCACAGGCACCUACAGGGUAGGCAAGCAGAGAAGUGACCUAAGUGCUUUCCAAGAGGUGACUCCAGAGGUUCUGCACAGUGCAGGGGAGCAAGUCUUUGCAGGGCUGGAGGAGCAAGCCCGCCAAGCCAUGAUGAAAAACAACUUUCCUGGAACUCUUGGGGACCAAAGGCCAACAAUUCAUCCACUGCAAGACCCUGACUCCAGCAGCAGUGGCAGCGAUGAUGAGGAAACCACUCAGGAUGAAGUUUCUUCCCAUACAUCUGAGGAAGAUGGCUCAAUGGUGAAAGUGAAGAAGGAAUUAGAAAAUGUAGAACGACCCGUGGCUGGAACGCCACUGAUAAGAGAAAAUGAGGUGCCUGAGAGUGUGAACGCUGAGCCCAUGCUGGGACUGUCACAGUGCCCCCUCUGCCAGCUGGAGUGUGGAAGCAGAGAUCAACUCAUUGCACACGUAUACCAGCACACUGGAGCGGUGGUGAGUGCCAAGAGCUACCUGUGUCCUGUGUGUGGCAGAGCCCUCAGCUCCCCAGGAUCCCUUGGGAGACAUCUCCUGAUCCACUCAGAGGACCAGCUGUCCAACUGUGCAGUUUGUGGAGCACGCUUCACCAGCCACGCCACCUUUAACAGUGAGAAGCUGCCAGAGGUGCUGAGCGCGGACCAGCUGCUGGCCCCGCAGAGCCAGGGCCCCUCCGGCGCCGAGGGGAAGGAUGUUGCCUUUUGCGCCCCCGUGUAUCCCGCGGGCAUCCUGCUGGUGUGCAACAACUGCGCGGCGUACCGCCGGCUGCUGGAGGCGCAGAGCCCCGGCGUGCGCAGGUGGGCGCUGCGGCGGCAGAAGGAGCCGCUGGAGGUGCGGCUGCAGCGCCUGGAGCGCGAGCGCACGGCCAAGAAGAGCCGGCGGGACAAUGAGACGCCCGAGGAGCGGGAGGUGAGGCGCAUGCGCGACCGCGAGGCCAAGCGGCUGCAGCGCAUGCAGGAGACGGACGAGCAGCGUGCGCGGCGGCUGCAGCGGGACCGCGAGGCCAUGCGGCUCAAGCGCGCCAACGAGACCCCCGAGAAGCGCCAGGCGCGCCUCAUCCGCGAGCGCGAGGCCAAGCGGCUCAAGCGGCGCCUGGAGAAAAUGGAUAUGAUGCUGCGGGCGCAGUUCGGCCAGGACCCCUCUGCCAUGGCCGCUCUGGCGGCUGAGAUGAACUUCUUUCAGCUGCCGGUGAGCAACGUGGAGCUGGAGAGCCAGCUGCUGGGCAAGAUGGCCUUCGAGGAGCAGAGCAGCAGCGCGCUGCACUGACCGCAGCCCGCGCUGCGCCUGCGCUGCACAGCCGGGCUCUGCGCCGGGGCCCUGCCGAAGAACAGAGCUGCGAGAUGCCUGCCGAAGCAGCUCUGCUGGGAGCAGAUUCUGAGGACACAGUCUGCUCUGGGGGCCAAAGUCACAGCCUGUGACAGAACGAAAAUAAAUUAAUGUAUUAAUUAACAUUAAUUAAUGUUCACAUGUAUUGGUCCCCUUCUUUACCUUUUGUGCUUUGUCCUGUUUUUGGGCACUUGCCCUGUAAAUGGGUCUAAGUUGCUGCAGUUCUGCUGUAGGUGAAACCCACCUCAAUAAAAAAGGAUCUUGUUUACUGCA